AAAUUUGAAAGACCUUGAUAAUUUAUCCAAGAGACAAAAAUUAAUAUAUUCCUACAGCCGAAUAACGAAGUGCUCUUGUAAUAUUUUAGCCAGCAAUGAAAUCCCAUACAUGUCUUCAUCAAAUUGAAGUUUUCACGAGUUAAAACUGGCGUUUGAAAAAAGUCCUCAGCAAAAAACGUGUGUUUUUAAGUUAUAAUUUUCCACGAUUUAGGGCUUGAAAUAGUUGGAUAAAAAUUCAAUUUUCUCUCAAUUGGCACAAAAAUACACUAAUCCCUCGCAGCUUAUUUUUGAUGGGAUUAAAAAUGUUUUCCGUUGAGAGCUCAAAUUCUGAUUUGUGGACUUCUUUUGACUUAAAAUGCACCGCUUAAUAAUUUUGACUCCAUACAUUAGGUCCCCGUGCAUAUAAGAUGACCACGCAUACAUCAUAAUUUUACUUGUAAUCUAUUACUUAGCAUGCGGGAGGAGGUAAGCCGAAUAAUCCUAACUAUUCGUCGAUUUCUACGUGAGGACUCUUAAGCAUUUCACUUCACAAGCUCGUGACCCAUCAGAGAUGGAAGUUUAAGUUGAGGGGGAAAAAAAAUAAAUAAAAGCUCAAGCCAAAAGUCCUGAAAGGUGAGAUGGCUCAAUUAAGUGGGACCGAAUGAGGUGAUAUUUGAUAAAUCUGAAUGAUCGACGAUUGCAAGACUUGCAUAUUUUAUCAGUGACGUUUGCAUUCAUUCCAAAUGAUUCAAAAAGUAGCUCAAAACACACAUGUUCAAAAGUAGGUGAAGUUCUGUUUAGCAUCAUGGAAUUCAGCGUUGGAACAUCUCUUGUCAUCUUUACGAUACUUGUCUGUAAGAGAGCUAUAACAUGCAUGGAUGAUGCACUAUUUAGAGAUGCGGUGAACUCCAGUGAUUACGUGGAUAAAACCAACUUCAUCAAGUAUUUCCAUGCCUUGGAUGGACCUGCCUACGUAACAGCUCCACGAUGGUUCGGAAAAACUCUCGCCAUCAGUACUUUGCGGGCCUUCUACGGCAUAGAUGCUAACGCAGGAAGCAACUCAUCCAAGACCUCGUCCCCGAACUACAAAGCUUUCUCGACGCUUGCCGGCAGACCGAAAUUAAACGAAACCGUGUUUGAAGAUCGAUCAUUUUUCAACUCUCAUUUCGCAAGCCGUCCCGUUUUAUCCUUAUCCUUCAACCAGCUAUGUGUGAGCAGCAAGGAAGAUAUUUUCGCCUCGCUAGAAGCCAUGAUCCGUGUUGUCUACCUAGAACACGAGUACGUGGUGAAUUCCAAAAAACUCACGGCCCAUGAUCAGAAAAUGUUCAAACUUUUCAGCGAUACUACAAGAAACAAGACCGAAAGUGACUUGUUAAACGCUGGUCAAACGUUGACUGGAAUCUUGUUCCGCUACUUCAGUAAACAAUGUCUUGUUUUAGUCGACGAUUUCGAUGCGCCUGCAUUGCAAUUUUUAACGACACGCAACGAGGCAGGGAAACAUCUUGACGUCGCGGUGUUCGACGUACUGGACAAAUUCACAGGCGCGCUUUUGAAAAAUAAUUUCGCUGUGUUCAAAGCACUCCUCGCCGGGAGAACCGGCCUUGCGAGACAAUACCUGACAGAGGCCGGCAAUGUACACUAUUUAUCGUUCGCCCAACAGUCUGAGGUAGCACGAUUUUUCGCUUUCAAUGAAGAGGAGGUGAAACAAGUUUGUGCGAAAGAAUUGAAGGAAACCAAUCUUUGGAACGGCGGAUUUCGAGCUAGGGAUAUUGGAAAUGAAAAUGAUACCCUUUUCAACCCAAGCUCCGUGAUAAGCCGUCGCUACUCCUAUAACUUUGAGAUGUUCUCUUGGUGGGCAACGGAGCUGAUCCAUAAGGUUAAAAUUAAGUUGGCGAUGUCCCGAAGUGGUGGAAUCUGGAAGUUGGUCAAAGAUGCACAUGAACGUGAUGGCGCAGUUGUAGGUGCCACAGCGAUGUACGAUAUUGUGGCCCUUCGUGAGCUGUUGAGCGAAGAGGACGGAGAGACUUUAUCAGACAAAAAACGAGACAUUUUCGCUUAUUACUUCUGGGACUUAGGCAUUUUCACAUUCCUCAAGUCCGUAGGUACGGCAGUCAAGUUGACCGUCCCCAACUUGGAAGUUCAAAAGCAUCUUAAUGAAAUUUUUGCGCGGAAUCGUCAUAUAUAAGAAGUUUUUAAUAAAAAAAUUCACUAUGUACCAAAGUC